UUGAAUUUCAACAAAAACUUCAUUGAGUAAUUUCUACAAACAUGUUAUGGGCAUAAAAUGAAUUAGAGAAAUUACACUAAAAUUUUAAUUAAUUAACACCUCAAAAUCAUUACAAUGAAACAAACUAAUCAAUUAUUCACUUUUAUAUCAUACAUAAAAGUUGUCUGGUCACACACACAUUUUAUGUACGACUCUAACUCAUAUAAAACCAUGUUCACUUCAAACAACUAUGAAACCGCUUUCACUUUAGGCUAGACAGACACUGCAUUUCCAUAAUGUCUGUCCGCCAAACAAAAUACAAACAAAUGACAAAAAACAACAUACUCUUCUCCAAGACUUCAACGUCCACACCUUCAUCAUCUUCUUCCAUUGAAGUCGUCGCUACUUCAACAGCGACCGGAGAUGGCAGAUUUCCACCUUCACCCACGUCAUCAAGCUUGUGACCUUCAUCUUCCCAUGUCAAGCCAUCCAAAACAACUCAUCGCUAAACUCGGAUACUUCCUUCCCCAUAUAUCCAUCCAAGAAGAUGAAAGAAAGAAGCAGGUGAGAGGAUGGGUUGAACACUGUAGCAAGUUUUGAAGGAGGAGAGGUGUUUUGGCGUAAAGUUGAGGAGUGGGUUGGGGAGAUGUGAGAGAGGUGAGAGAAAAGUAUUUUUGGAAAGGAGUAAAAAGGAUGGUAAAAAAAAUGGGGUAUUUAUAUGGGAUAGGAAAUGGGGUAAACUUGUGGUACUUAUAGCAUUUUUGGAAGCUUCGAUCACUACAUUCCUCUCUGAGUUACUCUGUACACUAACUAAGCACAUUCACUUUGCUGCUAUUUCACAGCCCUCGAAUUUCUGAAAAAUCAUAUCCCUCCUCUCAUUCCAAGGUUGACGUUUUAGGAUGGAACCCCGGGUCUUAACAGAACUCAUGAAAUGUUAGGGCUGAUUAUUAUCUUUAUCUUCACAUUGUCAACAGGGACUCAAACCGCCAGUGGCCCAGUACUGAGGUCGGUUGUAGUAUAUGGUUAUGGAUCAUCCGCUCAGAAGCUUGCCUAACUCCUCUAUGAACAGUUUCGAGUUGGAGAAUGAGAUCAUUUUCUCUACCUUUAAACCAUCAGUGGACAUUCCAGACAGUUACAAGCAUGCCCUUUCAGUGGCACAACAUCCCAACCUGGGCACUCAUGAUCCUGCUUUGGACUCUGAUUCCACGCUGAACUACAUUAGCCAGAUGCUACUGGAGGAAGAGAGCAUUGAUGGGAACAAUCAGAACAUGUCCUUUGAUCCCAUUGCUCUUAGAGCUGCUGAGAAUGCCUUUUAUGAAGCCUUGCAUGAGAACCCUUCCCCACCUAUUCACAACAUUCCUGGAAGCUUAUUCAGGAAUGAUGUUGAUCCAGGAGAAUGCGAAUCAUGUGUUACGAGUGAGCCUCCCCCCGAUCUCGCCAUCAAGUUAUCAUCCGGUUUGUCAAACGGUUCUCUAUAUAGCUUUGGUGAUAGUGAUUCCAUAUCUCGAUUCAUGAGAGGUGCGGCUGAAUCUAGUAGAUGCCUUCAAGCUGCCCCUAAACAGCAUAUCAUCAAUGACUUGGAGAAACAUGAGGAGUCACCGAGAGAUAUUGAUGUCCCCAAGAUAGAUAAGGACCGUUCAGUGAAUUCGUACCGUAGAGGAAAGAAGCAUUAUUACCAUCCAGAUGAAAGUGGGGUGGAAGAAGAAAGGAUAAACAAGCAGCCUGCACUUUGUAAGGAGGAAGUUGAGUUAUCAGAGGAUUUUGAUAAUGUUUUGCUGUGUGGUGAAGAUGAUGAUGGUGAUGAUAGUGCUUCUCUAUCCCGACUCGGACAAAAAGGACAAAGUGGCCGCCGCCAUCUUAAGAAACGCGGAGGUAAUUGUGAAACUGUGGAUCUGGUGUCUCUUUUAAUUAGCUGUGCACAAUCUGUUGCAUAUGCUGAUUAUAGGGGUGCAGAAGAUAAAUUAAAAAAGAUCAGGCAGCACUCUUCACCUACAGGUGACCCAAAUCAAAGAGUGGCUAAUGUAUUCGCUGAUAGUCUGGAGGUGCGGUUGGCUGGAACUGGGACACAAGUAUAUAAAGCAAUGUCUAAUAAUGAUGUCCUAGUCCCUGAGUUGCUAAAGUCCUACCUGUCACCUUUGCCGUUUAUGAGAAUGGCAGUUUUCUUUGCGAAUAGAAUGAUUUACGAAGUAGCGUCAAAAUGUGUCUCACUGCACAUUAUAGACUUUGGGAUUCAUUAUGGUAUCCAGUGGCCCACUCUUAUCCGGGACCUUUCUCAAAGACCUGAUGGCCCGCCUAAACUUCGAAUAACAGGAAUCGAGAUUCCCCUACCCGGUUUUUGUCCAGAGCAGAUGGUAGAAGAAACAGGUUCCCGCUUAGCAAAAUGUUGCCAGUGUUUCGGUGUGCCAUUCGAGUACAACGCGCUAACAAGGCAGAAUUGGGAGACUAUAACAAUUGAGGAUUUAAAGCUUUUGAGUGAUGAGGUGGUUGCUGUUAACUGUUUUAUUCGAUUAGAGUACAUUUUGGAUGAGACAUUGGUUGUUAUGAACAGUCCUAGGGAUGCAGUUUUAAACUUAAUACGGCAAGUAAGUCCUCGUAUAUAUGUCCAAGCAAUGAGUAACGGACCUCACAGCUCUCCUUUCUUUGUCAAUCGGUUUCGAGAAGCUCUCUCAUUCUACUCUACUGUCUUUGAUACGUGUGUGGCUAUUUUGCCACUCCAUGAGCAUCAUAGAUUGAUUUUAGAACAAGAAGUUCUAGGUCGAGAGAUAAUGAACAUCAUUGCAUGUGAGGGCAUGGAAAGAUUGUUGAGGCCUGAAACAUGUAAGCAGUGGCAAUCUCGCAUUUUGAGGGCAGGCUUCAAGCCCAUGUCGACUAACCCCAAACUCGUGAAAAAGUUAAAAAGCAAGGUGAGGGCAGGAUAUCACAAAGACUUUCUGUUUGUGGAAGAGGGCAACUGGAUAUUGCAGGGGUGGAAAGGUCGAAUUCUUGGAGGCAGCUCUUGCUGGGUUGCUGCGUGACAUUCUAACAACGUCAGAUAGUAAGUACAAUUAGUAAUUAUUGCUGCUUGCGACAUGACAGUCUCCCAACCAGGACAUGGUAGAAUUUGUUUUAGUGGAAUGUUUUUACAUAUCACCUCUAUUCUUUUUUUUUUAAAAUGUGACUAAACUUUGUUUAAAUCAUUCAAGUUUCUUCCUUCUCCAACCCCUAUUCAAUUUCUUACAACAGGAGACCAAGUGCUGAAUUGUUUUUUCCCAUGUUUUUUUUUUGAAAAAACUCGCCGGGAAAAGAGUAGAUUGUUUUCCC